GAAUGUACUAGAGAUGAUAAUUUGUGAUUGCAACACCUUACCGCCCCCAUUUCCCUCUCCCUAUCUCUCUUCUCUCUCUAUCUUCCCAAUCGGAGCUGCUACUCGCCGCCGCUCCUUCCGCCUGACUCUCCGCCCGCCCCACCGCUCCCUCCGCCUGACUCGCUGCCCGCUCCACCGCUCCCUCCGCCUCGACUCGCUGCCGCUCCACCAUUGUGUCAUAUCUCUCUCGGUUUCACGCCCCACCCCAGUUGUUGCCGCCCCGACCCCGACAGCCACUGCAUUCGAAAGGGUAGAUCAAAAGAUACUACCUUUGUUUGUCGCCGGUUUCCGGGCAGAAUAUAUUAUACAAGAUUUUGGCCGCUACAAUUCUCACCCUUGCAACUAACCGUUUCUAUAGGAGUUAGGACUCGCGAACAUCUUCCAUCCACUAAUAAGCCCAUAAGUCAGCAUCGUAUCCAGUUCCUCUCCACUGUCUGAUACCGACACUAACAUGGAUACUGCCGAACUUCUUAAAGAAAAGGGUAAUGCUGCAUACAAAGGAAAACAGUGGAAUAAGGCGCGUAGUUUUUAUACAGAGGCAAUAAAAUUGAAUGAUGCAAAUGCUACCUACUAUUCCAAUCGGGCAGCUGCUUAUUUGGAGUUGGGAUGCUAUCAGCAAGCUGAAGAAGAUUGUAGCAAGGCAAUAUCUCUGGAUAAAAAGUACGUGAAGGCCUAUUUUAGACGAGGGACAGCUAAAGAAUCACUGCUUCUCUACAAAGAAGCUAUUGAAGACUUCAAGCAUGUGCUCCUUCUGGAACCACAAAAUAAGGUCGCCGGUCAAGCGGAAAAGAGGCUAAGGAAAUUAAUCACUUGAAUUCUUCUGCUGCUUCAUCUGGUAAUUUAAGGUUGGACAUACCCAAGCUGUUGUUUCAUGCACUGAUUCUUUUAUUAGGAAAAAAAUUAUGAGUUCAAGGUGGCUAAUGUCUCCACGAAAAGAAUGGAUAAAUCAGUUCAGCUAUAUAACUAGAAAAAAACUUCUUAUAUGAUUCCAGGUCGUAGUUGUGGAACAAUCAAAGGUAUCAGUUUUCCUUUUGAUUAUUAAUUUGUUAAUAAAUAAUAGUAGGAAUUACUUAUAUCCAGCAUUACUUCCUGACUCCUGUAAAGAACACAUGUUCUCACAACUGUUCAAGCUCAUGGUUUUAAGGUAACCGGUGGGCCAUAUUCAUUGUGAAGGCAAUAAUGUAAAGACUAUAUAAUUUCUACAUAAAUAAUGAAUUAAGAAAAAGUUAGAGAAUCGUAACUUAUUGUAUAGAUAAAACAAAUAAUAUUAAUAUGACCGAACAAUGUUUGCCUAUGUCUCAAACAAGGCAUGUACAAUAACAUUCUACAUAAAAUCUUCUUCCCAUAUAAUCUUCUUCCCAUAUGCACAAUAUUUAUUUGGAAAUCAGCGUUAAGGAUUGCCAUUUGAAUAAACUGCAAACUGCUAGAAAAACAAUUCUACUUCACUUGUUCCAAAGUGAAGAUGGAGUAAUAAAAUGAUGCCAUGGAAUAGAAAGCACUUUAUACAAAAUCUCCAUCCACAACCACAAUAUCAGUUCGUGGGCAUACACAUUAAAUUUAUGUAUAUUAAUAUUAAUAUUGGUAAAUAAUCAACAAAUUAAAAUCAACACCACUGAUUAUAUUUAUAGAUAUACAUAAAUUGACCGAAACUCAACCUUAACAAUAGCCCUCUCUCCUCUCUCCCUCCACAAAAUCUCCACGCCUUGCUGCAGUCCCUCCAUCCAAACUACAUAUCCAAAUCCCCCAUUCCAUCUCCAUUACACACAAAAACAAAAAAAAAAAAAACAAAAAAAGAAGAGAGAGAGAGAAUCCCAAUUCUGCCAUGCAUAUUUGUGCAUGUGUAUGUGCGUGUAUGUAACAAUGCUCAAUUAAAUCAAAACAAAAAUCCCUACAUACAAAUAUAUUCAUACGUGUUAUAUAUAUAUAUAAACACACAUACACACACAGAUAGAGAAAGAAAGGAACCAAAAAAAAAUGGCCCGUAGCCUGAGCCUGACCGGAUCGGCGGACUUUCUGUACCGGAGCUUCUUCUCAUACUCGGGGCUCCGGUCAACGAAAACGGAUCUGCAAGAGGGUACGGUGAUGCACUGCUGGGUCCCGAAGAGCCAUAAGGCGUCAAAGCCGAACCUGAUGCUGGUCCACGGCUUCGGCGCCAACGCCAUGUGGCAGUACGGCGACCUCCUCCACCACCUCAUGCCGCGCUACAACGUCUACGUCCCCGACCUCCUCUUCUUCGGGGAGUCGUGGACGCGACGCCCUGACCGCUCCGAGGACUUUCAAGCGCAGUGCCUGAUGCGCCUGAUGGAGGCGCACGGGGUGGCGCGGCUGAGCGUGGUGGGGAUCAGCUACGGCGGGUUUGUCAGCUACAGCAUGGCGGCGCAGUUCCCGGAGAUGGUGGAGAAGGUGGUGGUGUGCUGCUCCGGGGUGUGCCUGGAGGAGAAGGAUCUCAAGGAGGGGUUUUUCGAGGUGGCGGAUCUGGAGGAGGUGGCCAGCAUUCUCAUGCCGCAGACGCCGCAGAAGCUCAGGGAGUUGAUCAAGUUCGCCUUUGCCAAGCCGGUCAAGGGCGUCCCUUCGUGCUUCCUCUCCGAUUAUAUCCACGUUUUCUGUACAGAAUUUCUUGAUCAGAAAAAGGAACUAAUUCAUGCUUUAACCGCCGACAGAAAGCUCGAUAGAAUACCCAAGAUCGAACAGCCAACGUUGAUCAUAUGGGGAGAGCAGGACAAAAUAUUUCCACUUGAGUUGGGAUUCAGACUUCAAAGGCACAUAGGUGACAAUGCAAGAAUUAAAGUGAUAAAGAAUGCUGGACAUGCUUUGAACAUUGAAAAACCAAGGGAGUUUGCUAAGCAUUUGAAAGCAUUUUUAAUUGAAGAUAGUUCUAGCCCAAGAUCAAAUUGGAAUUGGAGCUGGAGCCCUAACUUGAGUUCAUAUUCAAAUUCAAAUUCGAGUUCAAGUUCAAGUUCAUAUUCGAAUACCAACCCUUACUCCCUUUCAUCGUUGCGACAAAAAAAUUUCUUCAGGACUAGUAGCCCUUGAUAUUAGUUCUCUCUCAAAUAUUUGACAAAUUUGUUAAUCAAUUUUAUUGGUCAUGUAUGCAUAAUCUUUUUGCUACAUGAUAAGUGUGAAUCUAUUA